UCCCUCCCUCCCAUCCCUCCCUCCCUCUCUCUCUUUCUCUCUCUCUCUCCAGAGUAUUUCACCGAUCUGCAGGGCCGGGCAGACGAUGACAGUGGAGUCUACUGGGAAUUCUACGGCAGUGCCGUGUGUGAGUCCAUGGAGGACCCGGCUGCCUACGACAUCCUGGCGGGGCCUCCGGGUCCUGACGAGGAGGAGGAGGAGGAGCAGAGGGAGCUGUUUGAGUUUGAGUUCUCCGACCGGCCGCUCCUCCCCUGCUACAACAUCCAGGUGGCCCUCUCUCAGGGGCCCAGGAACUGGCUCCUGCUCUCAGACGUGCUGGAGCGUCUCAAGAUGUCUUCCCGGGCCUUCCGCUCCUCUUUCUCCCACCUGGAGGUGGCCACCAUCGCCGAGGCCGAGUUCUACCGCCAAGCCUCUCUGUCACAGCUCUUCUCCUGCCCCGAGGAGCUGGAGGCCUUCCUGCCAGACAGCAAGGAGCUGCUGGACCUGGUGGAGACCAGCGCAGAGCUGGCCGCCAUGCUGGGCUCCUCCCUCGAGAGUCUGGACAGCCGCUGGGAGCCCAAGGUCAGCGCCAAGGUCAAGGGUGGCAAGGUGGCCAAGGCGAGGUCGUGACCUUGAGGCGCCGGGGGACACGCCGACACGGGAGUGUGAACAAGCCGGAUACGCACUCAGAGCUGUAGAAAGUGUACAUUCUCUAAUAUACCAGACUGGGAGAUUGGAUGUUUGAAAUGGAUGACAUUCUCUCUUUGUGAGGAAAACAAUUCAGUUACUACGUUAAAACGAAGAAAAUAAACAACCUACGUAAAUAUAAAUGUAAUUAUGUACAUGUACACAUUUACAGCUGCAUUUGUGUUGUGUGUAUAUACAUAUAUAUAUAUAUAUAUAUAUAUAUAGACAGAGAGAGAUGUGUAUAUCCUGUAUAUCUGCUGCUUUUGUUGUCAUGUUUGGUCAGGUCGUUGUUUUUCGACACUGUUUACAACUAUGUACAGGGGCUAGACUGGUUUUGUCAGUACUGCCCUGCUUAGAGGUCAAAGGUUAUCGUGGUGGCUGUCCGGGUCAGGGGUCAUGGCUGUGCACUUUGGAGGUCUUCAACGACCCAUUUUGUCAGGUGGCUAGAUAUCGUCUAAGCAUUGGCUGUCGUACCGUGGGAUAAUGUUAACGCUGAUCUUGCUAGUUCCACAGCUUUUCGUACGUUUAUUCUAGAGUUUGCGGCCCAAACUUGAGCUUUAUUUGUCUCCUAUUUAUGACGGCAAGUAAGGAAAACAUUUAUUUGGAAGGUGGUCAUGACGUUUUAUGAAGCGUGGCGUAGGUGAGUUAUAGCUGAUGCUUGAACGUGUAAAUAAGGAGUUGACCAUUUCAGUAGACCUAACUGUUCCGGAUUGGUGUUUUAGUUUUGCUUCUGUUCAGUCCAAAAUAUGUUAAAACGUAAAAUAAAAUUAAUAUGCUAUCAUUUGUAUUUAUAUUUUACAACAAAGGUCCUUUAAAUAAAUGGUGAUAUAACA